AUGGAGAAGGAAAAGAAGGGCUAUGGUGCAUAUGUAUUGGUUGUUCCAUUUCCAAGCCCUGGCCACAUAAACCCCCUGCUCCAACUUUGCAAGCGUCUGGUCUCCAAAGGGCUCAAGGCCACUCUCGCUGUCACCAAAUCCAUCUCCAAAACCAUGAAUCCACAAUCCGACACAGUCCACGUUGACACAAUCUCAGAUGGGAUCUGA